UUAAGACAAACCAAACCACUAAUAACAUAAUAGUCAUUAAUUUUUUACUUGAUGUGCAGAAUUUAGAGUCAAAUUUUUAUUCCAAAACAGUGAUAAUGGGGACACAGUCAAAUAUUACACCCCUGACUACAACUGCUAACAUUACUUUAUCAGCUAUGAAAUAUGUGAGUGGCGAUAGUAACCACAUAUGCAGGUUAUGUUUUGCAACUACAGAGGAAGAAGAAGUAAUUUUGCACGACACUAUUAGAGUCCAACGUUCGUAUAUUGAUGAAAACGUGUCUUUUUUGCAUAUGUUCGCUGAUUUAGGAGUGUAUCUAGAGCCUAACUUACCGCAAACACUGUGCAUACCAUGCGGAACUACAGUUGUGAAUAGUUACUUGUUCAGAAGACUCUGUGAAUACUCCAACAAAAAAUGGGCAGAAUCCUUAAACAAACUCGAAGAGACUCUGUGUCAAAUAGACUUAAUUAAUCCAAACACAAAAACUGCCUAUUUAUUAAUGAAUGACAAAUUAAAUCUUACAUUCACAAGUAAAAAAAGCAAAGAUAAAUCUGAUGCUUUGUCAAGAAUAAAGAGAAUAAUUACUAGCAAAGCCAAAUAUGAGAAACUAAAAUUAAAGAGAAGUUUUGUUUGUGAAGAAUGUGGAAAUAAGUUUUCCACUCUACAGGUGCUUAUGAAACAUAUAAGGAAACAUCAUGAUAUUCCUGUUAGAAUACCUUGUCCACAAUGUGCCAAAUAUUUUGCUACAUCAUCGCAACUACAGGAUCACGAAGAAAGGGUACAUUAUCCAAAGAACAUUAAAUGUCAAAAGUGUCCCAAAAUGUUUGGCUCAAUAAAAAUGCUGACACGACAUGAAAAAAAGAGCCAUAUAGCUGUUAUUUGCAAGUUAUGCUUUAUGCAAUUACCUUCUAGAGAAGCAUUGCAAGCCCAUUUAGACAAACAUGAUGAGAAUGUAUGUCAGAAAUGUAACAAAACUUACUCAAAUAAACAAACAUUUACUCAGCAUAUGAAGAUAUGUGGCAUAAAAGCAGUACCAAAAUAUAUAUGUGACAUAUGUAAUAAAAUGUAUGCCCGUAAAAAUGGAAUAAGGUCACAUUUGAAAGUUGAUCAUGGAUUUGGAAAAGUCCUGUCUUGUAAUUGGUGCAAUAAAAAGUUUGAUGUAAUAAGCAGAUUGAAAAUGCAUAUUGUGAAACAUACUAAAGAAAGGAGUUUCUUCUGUGAGCAUUGCGGUGGCAAAUUUGUUACCAAGGCUGCUUUAGUUUAUCAUACUAGAUUGCAUACUGGGGAAAAACCAUUCCCUUGUGAUUUGUGUCCGGAAAGUUUUCUUUCAGCUUCUAGAAGGAUGGAACAUAAAAGAAGGAAGCACUUUGAACCUACCAAAGAGUGCACCAUAUGCCAUGCUAAGUUCACUUCGAAGUUUCAGUUGUCUCGCCAUGUUCAAAGACAUUACAAUCCACAGAGUAAAUUGUUCAUGCCCACUUUACAAACAGAAAAAGCAUUUGACAUAUUCGGAUUGUAAGUGCUGGCUAAAAAAUAUAUUUGAUUAUAAUGUUUGAAUCAAUAUGUAAUUGUAGCAAUCAAAUUUUAAUAAAUGCUUAACAUGCAAUAUAUUUUUCAGAUGUACAGAUGCAAUUAAAGAAAGACAAGCUUAAUAUAAAAAUAUA